GCUUAUCGGGGCGGUGAACCAUGGCACAAACUUUUCAGUUGCUGUAACUGCAGUAAUUUUUCUGAGGUGUUACAGCUGGUGCAGCGAGCAUCCGAGUACCCCCAGCUCAGGUAUCGCAGAGGGCGGGAUCGUAACUUCAGUUCUCCAACAAUGGCCGGGUCAAUAAACAAACCGAAGAAGCCCAAGUCGAAGCGGACGCCGGUCCGGCUACGCCACAAAAUCGAGAAGGCGUCAGCCGCGAAGCAGCGCAAGGCGAGAAAGCUGGCCAAGAAGAACCCGCAGUGGAAAAUCAAGCUGAAGAAGGACCCCGGGAUUCCCAAUUUGUUCCCCUACAAGGAGAAGCUUCUGCACCAGAUCGAGGAGGACCGCGCACGGAGGAACGAGGAGCUGCAGCGUCGCCGCGAGCUCGCCAAGGCUGCCAACUCGGCGCAGGCCGAGAAGAAUGAGGAUGAUGAACAGAUGGACGAGUAUCUUGCAGGCGAGGACUUCUCGGGGGAUGAUGUGGAUGAUGCCAUGGAUGAGGACGCCAGCGACAUCGACGAGUCUAACCCACUCGCCGCUCUCGUCGCCAGCGCGAGGAAGACCGCCGAGCAAUAUGAGAGAGAACUGCAGAGCGGUAAUGAGAUGGACGACGAUGAGGAUGACGACGACGGCGACAGUGAGGACGAGGCCGAAGCGGGCGUCGUCGAGGUUCCCGGCGGUGCCUCGUCCCGCAAGGCCUACGACAAAGUCUUCAAGCAGGUCGUCGAGCAGGCCGAUGUCAUCCUCUACGUCCUGGACGCCCGUGACCCGCAAGGCACACGCUCGCGCGACGUUGAGCGGGCCGUCAUGGCGGCUGCCGGUGGCGGCAAGCGUCUCAUCCUGAUCCUCAACAAGGUCGAUCUGAUCCCGCCCCCUGUGCUGCGCGGCUGGCUCGCCCACCUGCGCCGCUUCUUCCCAACCCUCCCGCUGCGUGCCUCCAACCCGGCGCCCAACGCCCACACCUUCAACCACCGCGACAUGACGGUGCAGAGCACCAGCGCCGCGCUCUUCCGCGCGCUCAAGUCGUACGCCGCAUCCCGCAACCUCAAGCGCGCCAUCUCGGUCGGCGUGAUCGGCUACCCCAACGUCGGUAAAUCCAGCGUGAUCAACGCGCUGCUCUCCCGCCUGGGCGGCGGCCGCGGCCAGCGCGCCGCCUGUCCCGCCGGCGCCGAAGCCGGCGUGACCACCUCCAUCCGUGCCGUGAAGAUCGACAACCGACUCACCCUGCUCGACUCGCCGGGCAUCGUCUUCCCCUCCACCACCGACAGCAGCGCCGCAACGACAUUCAUCCCCAAGAACCCGACCGAGGCCCACGCCCACCUGGUCCUGCUCAACGCCAUCCCGCCCAAGCAGAUCGACGACCCCGUCCCGGCCGUCUCGCUCCUCCUCAAGCGCCUGUCCGCCACACCCGACCUGGUGGAGCGCAUGGCCAAGGUGUACGACCUGCCGCCCUUGCUCUCCAACCCGGAGAACGGCGACGCGACGACGGACUUCCUCAUCCAAGUCGCUCGCAAGCGCGGCCGGCUGGGGCGGGGCGGCGUGCCCAACAUCAACGCGGCCGCCAUGACUGUCGUGACGGACUGGCGGGACGGGCGGAUACAGGGCUGGAUCGAGCCGCCCGUGCUGCCUGUGGCUGGUGCCGGGAAUGGUGGCAAGGGGACCAAGGUUGCGGAUGAGGAAGUCAUGGCUGACCAGAAGGAGAUCGUUACGGAGUGGGCGAAGGAGUUCAAGCUUGAGGGGCUGUGGGGGGAUGAAGAGCCGGCGGCGGAGACUAAUGAGAUUGAGAUGCAAUAG